AUGGUCAAGAUGUCUAAUUCGUUUUUUAUAUUCUUCAAUUGCAAGUGGUCCGUUGCGUAGUGGAAAUAGAUUAGGCCUACGCAGCAAAAGUAGCCCAAAAUUUCAUGAGCCCACCUCUGUUAGCAAAAGGAGCCCGUAUCCAAUUACUCCUAGUAGCCCAAAAGCCAGUAAGGAUUCGCAGUCCAAUAGGGUCAAAGUAGCCCAUGUAUAAAGCCCACUCAAAAGACUCUACACACAAGCCCAAAUAUCCAGGCCCAAUCGACGAAAAACCUGCAAAAAAAAAACAAAGAGAGAGCGCGCAGCCGGGGAGCCGCACUCAUCUCCAUCGUUCGUGUCAAAAACCUUCUCGCAUAAUACCGUCACAUUCACAGCCAACCCCAAACUCCACUCUAUCCAAUCUCCAGAAAUUCCGUGCAGCCUGGAUUGUGUCUGCAAUAAAACCAAGUACACAAAUUUCAAACCCCAAAAAAAAGGGAAGACCCUGUAAGGCAAGGCAAGGAGAGGGUGAAGAUUUUGAACCUUGCAACAGGGAGACGGACAGUCCUUGCCAAUCUCAUCCUCCUAGUGGAUUUCUUUUUCUCGUAAAUUAUUGAAUAUUAUUCCUAUCUAUGUUUGCUCAGAAAGGAUGCUGGUUUUUUUUUUUUUAAUUACUUUUACUACGUUGACUAUCAUUCAUUUUCACAAAAUAUAUUUUGAGGGGAAAAAAAAGGACACAGAAAUGCUUCACAUUAUUGUACUGGCAUCUCUAUUUGUCUGCCAAAAAAAAUGUGUGGCUUAGGAAUGAGAUUGGUAAAAGAUCUUGACUCAGUUUGAUAGGCAAAGCAAUUUCUUUUGUGAUAUUUUGCAAAAAGAGGACAGUAUUGUGUGUUACUGAGAUCACUAGGAAAUAUCAGUUGAAUCGUAAGUGGUGAACUCUUGGUCUUGUUUGCCAUUAUUGUUGCUAGCUGUUCGUUUUCUUUUCUUUUCUUUUUUUUGUUCAUUUUCAGGCAUAUUUAUCUGAGGUAAGUUGUUAGUGCUACAUUAUUUCGUGUAAUAAUAUUACAAUUGAUGAUGAAUCCGGAGUUCCGUUAGAUUUUGUGAAUGGUUGGUUGCUUUGCUUUCUAUUGUAAUGACACUCAAAGCAACUGUUCGAUAGA